UUGACAACGGCAGGCAGCAAGGCGGUGCACGAUUCUGGAGGCAACGGCGGUGCACGACGCUGGCGGCAACGGCGGUGCACGACGCUGGCGGCAACGGCGAUGGAUGUCGGCGAUGGUGAUGACCGACGACGAAGGUUAGAGGUCAACCAGCCUCUCCAACAGCCAUCGCCGGGCAUCCUCCUCCCACUCCUUCCUCGUGAGGAAGAUCUCUUACACCACCACGCGACCGUCGUCGUACAAGCUCUAGUCUACGAUGCGAGCGGGGUCGUCUUCCUCCACGGCGUGGAUCUAAGUCACCGUGACGGCGUCGCGAGUCCGCCAACCUUGGAGUCGGAUGCGCUCGUGGCAGGAACGCAGGGCAGUGCAGUUGGCGUGGUUGAAGUCCCUACGGUGAAGCUUCCCGCACAAGACACCCAUGCCCAUCACCGAGUCAACUUGUUCAAGCCUGGGGAGAUUGGUCCGGAGGAGUUAUUAUUUGCCAAAUUUAGCCUCACCAAGUUCUGCAAGCCGAACAGGAAGUCGGGAUCUCGUCAGAGAAGAAGUUCCCUUGCAAAUAGA